AUGGGCAGUACGCUUAGCCAGAAAAACGCUAUUUUUGCCGCCGUGGAGGUGGAUGCUGCAAUCGUUGAGACUCAAGAUACUCAGAAUUUGAAACAGGCUGUGGAAGACGAUCACUCUGACGAGAUGGAUGCAAGCAACAGAGCCAUUCAUAGCAGAAAGCGAUAUCGUGCGCAAGGCGGCGAAGCAGAACCUACUUUGGGCGAGGACGGGGUUUCUUACGAGCCGACACAAGAGAGUGAAAAAAAAGUAGAAAGUACAUUGAGAAAAGAGCGCGUGGAAAACGAGAAAGAAUUUACAGAAGAGAUAGUCCCUGAAUUUACUGAAACAUUGACCAAAAGACUUCGGCUCCAAACUCAAAAGAAGAAAUUGACUUUAAGUGAGGAAGUUCAGGUCACUGGUAUUGAGAGGCAGAAAGUAACGAGGAACGAAAAAGCGAAACGUGCUUGGGCAAUAGCGCCCCCUCCAUCAUUAUGUUCACCCAGUAUUGAAAUUGCAUUUCCAAAGGAUGAAGUGCCAAUUGAGCUUUGUCCCUUCUCGAGUGACGAAAGUGUCGAGGAAAAACGACCGAGUUUUUCUUUUCGCAGAAAUAAUUUUGAUGCGCUCAAGACCUUAGCACCUUCUCCUUCUUCAUCAACUGCAGCGCUGGAAUCUGGAAGGACCUCGUCAAAUGUAGCUGCAGUAUUAGUGCCAGUGACAGCUGAAGGACCAGCAAGUAUAGCACCUCGUAGUAUGGGAAAGCGGAAACGUAGAAAGAGAUUGAGUUACUCAGCUCCAAGAAAUAAAUUGGCGACUAAAUCCAAGCACGAGGAGACCAGUGUUUCUACUUUAUUUGCAUCUGAGAAGAUUAGCAUUGAAGCGAACGGCUAUACUAACUUUUAUGGAGUCGAAGUUGACUCUGACAGAAGUGCCUCAGCAUCAACAACAGCAUACCCAGAUACUGAUGCUUCGCAUCUAUACCCGUCGACUUUUAAAGGCGAAUCAUGGCAAUGGCGGGAUGCCGACGCAUACUUCGACCCUCUUAUGCAGUCUGAAUUGGAUAACUUGGUUCGGUGGCGUAAAGAAAACGCGGACUAUCUUGCAGAAUACUCAAGUGCAUGGUGCGGCAUGUCAGAAAUAGAGAGUAAGCGUGCAGUAUCAGAUUUGAUACUUGCAGAUGCUUCAAAGAGGCCUAAGGAAAAUGUGGAUAUUAUAGUUCGACGAGGGCGCCACUACCGUGAUGCAUGGGAAGAAGAAGAUUUUUUCGCUCAAAAAAGGCGUGAUUUUAUGGAGGAAGGACCUUCUGAUAAAGGCCAAGAGAUUGCAGUGAAAUCGAAUCGUAAAGGAUCCAUAUAUCCAUCAAGCUUAUCGCUUGGAUCCCAUCGCGAUUUAGUUUAUGGCUACGACGACGACUUAUUCGAAGAUUUUAGGCUUCGCCUCGAGGGUUGUGUGAAUCUCUUUCAGUUGUCGAAACAAAAUGAAGAAUCGGGUAAUGAAUAUAGUUCGGACAGAAGUGCAAACAAAUUUAAUGUUGACGAGAGCAUCCUACCUAGUUAUCCUCUCUGUCAGUUUCAUCCAGCAUCACUAGGACUUUGGAAACUCCGGAAGAAUCAAAUGCCUGAUUUUAAAGUGGUCCACCCUGCAUCGCUUAACCGUGAACAUGUCUCGACGCGCAGGAAAGAAGAGAUGAAACGGCACCUCCAACUGCAACACGAAUUUCAGGUUCACCAAGCGAAUCAGUCAGCUGACUUGAUCAGCAAGGAUAAUGAGGGUACCGGAGACUCCACGCAUGAUUGGCGUUGUGGUGUUUUGAACAGCGAAGUUACUGGCAAUCUUCCAUCUUUCGGGAACAUAGUGGAGAAGGAUGAAAUUUUGGAAGUGUUGACUGCCUCUAUCACAAAGCUUAUACCGUUGUCAAUUCAAAACUGGCAAAUAGCGCAGCGUGUGUAUGAAAGAGCAGCAUGCAGUAUCCAAUGUGCACCAAUUCUAGAAAGUGAAGCUGCUGCUGCACGAGAGCUAGAAAAUAUGCUCUUACGGUUGUCUUCAUCCGCCGACUUUAAUGCAAAUACUCUAUCUGGCGUUGGUCCUGAUUCUUUCAUCGGCCCUGCUCGACCACUGCGAACACUACAGAGUUGCAGCUCUCUGCAUGAUUUGAUUGCUUAUAGUGUACGCCGUGAUAUUGGAGAUAACUGCUCGUUGGCUGUGGCUGCUUCGGUAGAGUUUGCAUCAAGACUAAGAGUGGGUGACGUUGUGGAUGUUCUUGACCGAAACGCUUGCUGGAAUUACGGCGAAGUCGUGGAAAUUUAUCUGGAAGAAAAACAGAAGUUUGCGAAGUUUCUGCUACUUCGACUUUCAUUGUGGUCUGAGGACACCGUGGAAUGGAUCGCAGCUAGUGAAGGUCGCAUAUUGCCGCAGGGCGUCGCAACUGGCCAGAAAAUUUAUUCAGUGGGCCCAACUCGGGCUCAUCGAGUUCGUAUUCGUUACGAUCAAUGUCUUGCCAAAGAAUUGGAGCAAACCUACCCGCAGCGGCAGACAAAGCAAGCAAAUGCAGCUUCUCAAGUACUGGCGCAAUGGCAUAAUAACGGUGUGGUGGGAUUCUCGGGCGAGCAAAAAAGCAGACGUAAACGUCUUACCAAAUCUGCUGCAUCGACGUCGACACUUUAG